AUGCCUUCACAAAAAUCAAUGAAAAAAAUAAAAUCUUUUCGAAAACCAACUAAAAAGAUAAAGAAAUCUCCAUCAAAAACUUUAAUUCCAUCAAAACGAUCGUUUUCUGAACAUUCGUCAAGUCAAGCUGUCAAUAAAAUUUUUGGAGUAACAAAACCUUCAGUUAAUAAUAAGAAACCUUCAAAAAGCGGCAAGAAAGUUACUUUUGGAAGUGGCAAGAAUAAAUCUAUUGGUUCUCCAAAAAGUAAUAAAUUAACUUCAAUCCUAAAAAAGCCGAUCAAAGAUACUUCAAAAAUCAAAAAUGAGGUAAUGAGCAUUGAUCAUCACGAUCCCGAUUCAGAGGGUGAAGAUUCUUCCAUAAAACAAAAAAAGAUUAACGAUGAACCUUCUGCCAAGCGAUUUAAGAAAGAAAAACCCGACCAAGCACGAAUUAAAACAGCAUUUGAACAUAAAAAGUAUGGAAAUCGUAAGCUUGAUCCUGAAUAUAGAUCAGGAAUUAAAGAAUGUUGGGAAUUUGCUCGUAAACUAAACCUUUCACCUAAAGAUAGAAAAAAAUAUAUUAAUGAGCUUUUUGAGUUAAUUGAUGGAAUUAUACCCGAAUUAUUAUUUAAACAUGAUACUUCCCGUAUUAUUCAAACUGGAUUGAAAUAUGGAACAAAAGAACAAAGAAUUAAGGUUGCGAAUGAAUUAGAAGGUCGAUGGAUUGAAGUGUUUAAGAGCAAGUAUGCAAAAUUCGUUGCAUGUAAAAUUAUGCAAUAUUGUCCAGGGUAUAAAAAUAUAAUUUUGUCUGAACUUCAAGGAAAUGUUGCGAAAUUGUUAAUGCAUACUGAAGCUCGUAACGUUCUUCUUGAAGCAUAUGAAUGUGCUAACGGUAAACAAAGAUUCUCUUUAAUUAAAGAAUUUUAUGGUCCCGAGUUCAAAUUUUUUAAGAAAACAGAAUGUUUAAAACUUGAAGACCUUAUCGCUGAAAAUCCUUCGAAUAAGGAUAAAAUUGUCGAAAAUCUUUAUUUAACCAUAAAAAAUUUUAUGAAAAAGCCAGAGAUAUUAAAUUUCAUAAUUCCACACCGGAUUUUAUUGGAUUUCCUUACUCACGCUAAUGAAGUUAAGAUACUCUCAAUAAUCCAAUUAAUUGAUAAACAUAUUCCAGAAAUUUUGCAUACGCGUGAAGGUUCAAGAGCAGCGAUGCUUUGUUUUUCACAUGCAAAUGCAAAGGAACGCAAAAGUAUGUUACAAGUAAUGAGAGAUUAUAUUAAAAAGAUAUGUUGCGAAGAAUAUGGUCAUCUCGUAUUAUUAAGAGUAUUUGAUGUUGUUGAUGAUACUGUUUUAAUGAAAAAAUGUAUUAUUGAUAAAAUGAUAAAAGAGAAUUCUUUCGAGACCAUAUUGUACAAUAAAUAUGGUCAUCGUGUAAUAUUGUAUCUUUUGACUGGAAGAUCUAGAAUGUACUUUAAUUAUGAUACAUUAAAAUUACUUGCACAGAAUGAUGAGAUUCGUGUGAAAACCAGUAAAAAGGAUCCAAUUAUCAGGGCUACGGAACUUCGUAAAUUGAUAACUCCCGCUCUAAUUCAGUAUUCUCAAAAUAAUACUGCCAAGAUGCUUUCUAAUCCAUACACCACUCAGAUUCUUUGUGAAACAAUUCUUUACGGUGAAUCAAAAGUUGAAGAAAAAAUACCAAUUUUAGAAAACAUAACAAAGCUAAUAAGUGAUACACCGAAGGAUAGUAAAGAUAAUAUUAUGAUUACAUAUGCUAAUAGAUUUCUAAAAAUUUUAGUAAGAGGUCAACAUUGGACAAUUCCUAAACAAAGAAAUGGAAAAAAUAAUGGAAAAAUUAUUCAAAAGAAUAAUCUUUCUGAGAGUAAUAGGACAAAAAAUGGUGCUACUGAUUCAUUAGAACAAGAUUUCAGUGGAAAGAAAGUGGAAUUACAUUUUGCCCCAAUGUUGCUUAAUACUAUUAAGAAUGAUUUAUCAUAUUAUUCAUGUCAUGAAACAGCUUCAUUUGUAAUUUUGGCAUUAUUAGAAAACGAUGAAACUAAAAACGAGGUCAAGAAUAUUUUAAUGAAAGGUAUAAAUUCUAUUAAAAAAGCAGCUCUAGAGGAUAACAAUUCAGGUGCUUCAAUAAUUAUAAAGGAACUUGAGUAA